CGCAAAAAGGAAAACCGAAAAGUAGAGAGAGAGAAGAGAACUGUAGGGAAAAAAAUGGGUAUAUGCAGUUCGUGCGAUUCGACUUCCGUUGCGACUGCUAAAUUGAUACUCGACGAUGGGAGAUUGCAGGAGUUUCCUUACCCGGUUAAGGUUUCCUACGUCUUGCAGAAGAAUCCGGCGUGUUUCAUAUGCAACUCCGACGAAAUGGAAUUCGGCGACGUCGUUUCGGCGGUGAGCAACGACGAGGAGCUUCAGCCUGGCCAGCUCUACUUCGCGCUGCCGUUGAGCCAGCUGAAGCACCGGCUUCAGGCUGAGGAGAUGGCCGCAUUGGCCGUCAAGGCCAGCUCCGCCUUGACCAAGAGCGCCGGUGGUAAUUGCGGCGAGAAAUGCGGCUGUCGCCGGAAUAUUCUCGUGUUUCCGGCCGAGAGUGAUCUGAAGCAGUCGCGAAGGGCCGCCGCCGCAGGCCGCGGCGGCGACGCUGGAGGUGGGAGUGCUGGAUCUAGGAGGAGGAGCAGCGGCGGCGGCGCCGCCGCACGGAGAGGGAAGAUUGCGGCGAGGUUGACUGCCAUACCCGAGUAGGGGUGUUUUUGGGAAAACGAAAAAUUAAAUUCAUCAUUUUGUAAAUAUAGUUUAGAAUGAGAUGAUGCAUUUUUUUUUAUUUUUCUUUCUUUUAAUUUUUGAACAAAAAAA